GGUGCCAGGGGCGGUGCCAGGGCUCACAGACUCAUCCCAGGGCAGCCCGACCGGCGGGGCUGGUUUGAGGGGAUUGGAGCCAGGGCAAGGCUGAGCCCCCUUCACUGCUGCCGCCCGUCCAGAGAGCGCCAGAGACCCACACGGGGACAGCUCUGUCACCGGGGGACUUCUCCGCGAAAGAGGAAGUUGUCUCGAAAUAACUCGCGCUUCCCUUUCUGCCCUGCGCGCCUCGAAGCGGCUGCAGAGCCCGGGAGCCGCCUGGGCACCCGCGCCCCGUCCCCGAUGUCCCCUGCGGGACCCUGCGGUGCCCCCCGCGCUGGCCGGGCCCCCGGGGAGGGGGCUGUGACUCCCUGAGCCCCCCGUGCCCGCCCUGAGGAAGGCACGGUCCCGGACCCGAGGCCAUGCCCGAGGGCAGUGAGGAGUUCCGUGCAGCUCCCCCACGAGCUGCAGCCUCAGCCCGGCCAUGGAGAGCUCAGAGGUGGAGUCGGACAUCCUGCGGCGGGUGCGGGCGCUGCUGCGGGAGCUGGAUGGGCACCACCCCUCCUGCCAGAGCGACCGAGGAAUGCUGCGAUGGACCCUGCACAAGAAAAUCGACCAGAAUCCCAGCACCAGCUGUGUCCUGGUCAGGAUCCUCGUGAAGGAGCUGGAAAGGGCAGAGCGAGGGGACCUGCGGCACUACAUCAUCCCCCUGCUGCACACGCUGAUGUACACCUUGAUACAGGCUCCCUGCAUCCCUGAUGAGCUCUGUGCCAGGGUUUAUGACUUCUGCAAGAGGCUGCUGACCCUGCCCAAGCCCUUCUGCACCAUUGGGCUGGACUAUGCCAGCAGGCUGCAGGUGGAGAGGACAGCCCCAGGAGCCUUGUACCAAAGGAUGGUCAUUUCCGAGCACAGCCUGCCAAGCGCCCCGUUCCCUUACCAGGAGAAGAUUUUCAUCUUUGCUGACCCAGAGCUGCUGCCUGAAGCCAUCUGCAAUGCGCUGGUCACCGACACCGAGGCGGCCCAGGUGUCCCAGAGCCCCGGGGGCUGCAUGAGCUGCGUGGUCACCCAUGCCCUGCAGGCGGCCCUGGGUGACACCUGCGACAUCCACGGCCUCAGGGCCCGACUCCAGGCCCUGCCCCCGGGGGAUGUGGAGCCCUGGUUCCAGCAGGUGGUGGCGGCCGUGGAGUGUGCGGGCAGUGAGGGCGGCUCGGAGCGGGGCCAGCGCACAGCGCGGCUGGAGAGGAUUUACCACGGCCUCCUGGGCUCCUUGCCUGCAGGGAAUGCUCCCCAGGAAGGGCUGCAGGGGACCCCUCUGCCCCACCCCAACAUCAGCUUCCACCUGUGGACAGAAGAUGAGCAGCUCUGGAAGGAGCUGGUGCUGUUCCUCCGCCCGCUGUCGCACAGCUGCGAGCCCGACUGCCUCGGGCAGGACCUGGACGCCGUGGAGAUGCAGAACAUCCUUGCGGACUGUGACUACUGCGAGCAGAGCCGCUUCUCCGUGCUGUCCACCGACAGCGGCAUCGAGCGGGACCUGCCCGCGCAGGACGAGCCCUGCGCCGUGGACACCGAGCGCUCCCGGCUCCACAGGAAGGGCGGCAUCAAGAAAAAGCUGUUCCCGCUGGACAGCGUGGCCUUGCUGCAGGCUGGCAGCGCUGUUCCCAGGGGGAAGCUCCCCGGGAAGCCGCCCAGGAGGUCAGGAAUGCCCCCGGAGCCCGCAGCCCCGCUCCAGAGGCUGCACACCGCCCGCGUGGUGCUGCUGGGGGACGAUCGCAUCCUCGGCCGCCUGGCGCAAGCCUUCCACUCCCUCAGGAAGCGGGAGGCCCGGCGAGUGUUCCUGACAGCCAGGCUGGACCUGCAGUUCUACCACAUCCCUGUGGUGCCGGGGCAGCCCUCGGCUGCUGCGGACCCUGCUGGCCCCGAGGAGCUGUGUGAAGUGGCCAGGUACCUGGGCAGGGCUGACCCCUGGUAUGAGAGCAACAUCAACACCCUGUGCCACAUGAUCCCCAAGCUGGCCACCAUGCCGUCGUUGCCGAGCAGGGCCCUGGUGACCGACCUGUUCCUCACCGAUGUCAUCGCCUACUACGCCCGCAUGGGCACGCAGCCCAUCGGCUUCCAGGUGCACUCUGUCAAGGUCCUGUUCCAGGACCCGGCACAGGACCCAGCAGAGGACGUGUUCCUCACGGAGCUGCUGGCCCAGGUGCAGGACAGUCCCUCCCACAGAGAGCUGAGCACGACCAAGAGGAAAAGCACCCUGGAGGGCCCUGGCAUCGAUCUCACUGUGACCUACAGGAAGGUUGUGCUGAGUGACCGGCAGAAGGAGCUGGCCCUGUCCCUGCGCUCCACGGGCCUGCUGAUGAAAGCCAUCCCUGCUGAGGAGGCUGAAGGCCUGGGCUGUCUGAGAGUGACCAUCACUGAAAUCAUCAGGAUCAACAACUUGGCAGGACGGUCGUUCUCAGCUGUGGCAAAUAGGUUCAAAACACGGAAUAUCAAGGUCAGGAGCCCAGAGCAGAGACCCUUCACGGUGCGGCUGGACAAGGACAGCAGGAGAACCUACAGGGACGUGAUCGGCCUGGAGGUGUCUCCCUGCCUCGAGCCCAGCUACUGCCUGCAGAAGACAAGGACCAUGAAAUUCAGCCCUGAUGAAACAGAAGACGUGGGGCUUGUGAAGUACCUGCCCAAGUCUCUGCUGCUGCCCAUCAACACCUUCGCAGGAGUCAUCCAGUGAAGGAAAGGGGAAAAGGUGCUGUGAGUUGUGACAUGGGAUCAGCACAGAGGACAUGGGGAAAGAAAGCACACCAAAAGCCACCAGCUGUGACUUUAAAUGGCAAUGGUGUGAAUGAAGAGCUGCCCCAGCAGAGGCGGAUGGGCUCGGAGGGGACAGCCACGCCCUGCUGGUGACAGUGUGACAGUCCCUGCCAGGGGCACAGCCACACCCUGCUGGUGACAAUGUGACAUUGGCUGACAGCCCCUGCCAGGGGCACAGCCGUGCUGCAGGACUGAGCUUUCACCUUUUGCACAGCUCAGGGAAAGCUUGGAGCUCCUCCAUUCAGGAAGGGUGAGGAAGAUCCAUGGCUGUCCUGUGGAGCCCAGGGCAGCUGGCAGCAGCAACAUUUAUUUUGGAGAUGUCUCAGCCCAGCAGGGAUCAGGCUUUCACCUCACAUCCCAAACAUUGCUGGUGCUCCCCUAUGCCAGACUUGGGCAGCAAACAUUCUGUCCCUGAAGGAAGUGGGAGGGAGGCAGGAGGCUCACGGGCACAUCAGGAACCCCCUGCACAAGCAGCUGUUGUUGGUGGGAUAAUGUGGAGUUUCCGUGGCUCUACACCCCUCUGCCUCUUUGGGGCUUCACUGUGGGGUUUGUGCACACAAAGAAAAUGCUCAAAAAGCCAAAAGGCUUUGAACCGGGCUGGACUGUGGGCUGUGAGUCCAGAGUUUGUUCUGUAAAGCUGUAAAUUAUGUAGAUGGAUGAUAAAUUAUUUGUAUAGGUGUCACGGAUGACUUGUACCAGAGGGUGCCAAUUGAGAGAAAUUAAGACAAACCCAAGCUGAAACUGCCA